AUGUCCACCGAUCCCAUCGCAGAAGAUGGUUUAAGAAUAUGGAACUGCGUUACAUGUCGGCGCCGCAAGAUAAAGUGUGACAGAAGAGACCCUUGCUCAAAUUGUGUCAAGAAUCGAAUCGAAUGUCAUUUCCCAGUCACUGGCCGUCUGCCACGCCGACGAGAUCCCUCAACGUGGAAGUCGCCGACGGAGAAGCAAGCUGAGCUUCUGGAUCGACUAAGGCGUCUUGAGGCUCUUGUUACAGAACUUGCAGCACAAGUGGAAGACGGCCCAGACAGGACCCAAUCCAUACUCUUGGGUUCAUUACCCAAUGUCACAAGAUUGAUUUCUACUAUGAAAUCUCACUUUGAAGGAGAGACAAAUGAAGACUUUGGAAGAUUGGUUGUUGGAAAAGAAGCUGGUCUACAAAUAGGAAAGGGCUUCUGGUCCGUUUUCUGUAGUGAAGUCGAGCACAUAUUUCAUGCUAUUCAAGAUGUAACUUCAAAUGUAUCGGGUUCGAUUCCUUCGAACUCUGAUGCCAUCUCAUCCAACGGUCACGUAUCAUCGAAUAACAGUUGCUCGGAUUUUUAUUUUGGAAAUGGAUCCAAAGAAGGAGUCCCUCAGAGCCUCGAUUAUUUAUACCCUUUACCAUCACAGAUGCUCUUUAUCUGGCGGACAUAUGUAGAGAAUGUUGACCCAUUCAUCAAAGUUAUCGAUGUUGCAGCUGUGGAAGAGAUUAUGACUAAUUUGAGGGGUAGAUUUGACUCCCUAGAGCCUCGCUUGCAAGCCCUGCUAUUUGCAGUAUCUUUAGCUGCAAUCACAUCAUUGGACGAAGAAGAGACUGUAAAUUGCUUCGAUAUGUCAAGAAAUCAGCUACUUGAUCAGUUUCGGCUUGGAACAGAAAGAGCGCUCGCCAACGCUGGGCUUCUGGUCACAAAAGAAAUUGAAACUAUCCAGGCAUUCGUAAUCUAUCUCUCGCUUCUGCCACACAUUGGGGGCCAAGAACUAUUAUCGCCAUUAUUGGGGUUAUUACUUAGGAUUGCGACAUCCUCACAGCUGCACAGAGAUGCGGAGAAUUUCACAAUGCCUGCUAUGACUCCAGCUGAAAUUGAGACGCGCCGUCGGCUAUGGUGGCACAUUAUCUUUAUCGACUCAACAUCCCGAACUGACCAUGCUGCAGGAUUGUCGGCAUCAGAUACAAUAUUCGACACUAAAACUCCAAGUCAUAUAUUUGAUAAUGGUAAAAGAAAUUCCACGCUACCUUUCGACGCACAAAACGAGUCUGUUAUUUGCAUAAUGCGUUGCGAAAUAUGGCGAUUGUGUCGUUUCCUACACGCACACCAGGGAAAAUCUUUGGAGCAGAAACUGGAAACGUUGAACCAUACAAGGUCGAUGCUAGAGGACUUACAUAUUGCAAACUUAUAUUCCAAUCACGACCUGGCAUCUCUAAUUAAGACUAUGACCUCUCUUGCCUUCUCUAAAGUCGAACACACGAUAUAUAUGCAGCAUUUUCGCAAUUUGAAAGACCGAUCCCAAUCCCCAUCUCAAGAAAUGACGCAACAACAUUUGGAAUCCUCAAUCAAUAUUCUCAAAGACGCUCAUAGGUUGCGAACAGAGCCCUCUUGGAAAAGGUGGAGAUGGCAAUUGCAAGGAGACUUUCCUUGGGCUUCAAUGAGCGCAGUGUUUAUCCAGCUUUGCCGGUCUCCAUGGUCGUCGAUUUCUGAAAGAGGAUGGGCGCUUACCCGCCAAAUUUUGGAAGAAGUCCCAGACAGAGUAAAAGCAAGUGCAUAUUGGGACAUAUUGAGCAAGCUAAUCGCCGCCACUGAAGCUCAUAGAGGGAGGAAUCCGAGAGAGUUGACAGUGCAAACUUGUCCAGACAAUGAGACAAAUGCAUGCAGCUUCAUAAAUACAAAGGCUGGUGCUAAUGAGGCUUCAAACCUCUCGCAUACCCAAUCAGCGAAUAGUCAUAUUCCGAUUGGUAACCUAGACUUUAGCAGAAUGCUAACGUCUAGCAUAAUUGACGAAUCCAAUGAGUUGGAAUCCAUUGUGACAUUCAAUCCUAUGGAAUGGCAGGCAUGGGAUGAGGCACUUAUAGCUGAUGAUCAAUCCUGGGGCUUAGAUUAUUGA